UACGACUAUGAUAACGAGAGUACGAGACUCAUCUAUUUGGUUUUGAACAUAUAUUUCCAAUUUUCCGUGUUCUUGUAACUUCAUAUUGUUAUAUUUUGUAAAAUUUAAAAAUACUUAGGUAGUUUCUAUUUUGACGAUACUCAAGUUAUAAUUUAUUUUAAUGUUCAAUUAUCAUUGAAUACAGUGCAACAAAAUGUUUGUCUCAAAUUUAUUUAAGACAUUAAAAUAUUCAAAUGUUAUUAGAUUACGAAAAUAUCUAAGUACAAUAAUUGAUAGAAAACAAGAUGAAGUUCAAUUUAAAAUUAAUUGUAAUUCAAACCAUUCUGAGAAAUUCAACUGUUGUAUUACAAAUGGACUCACUUCUAAUGCAGUUCUUAGUAAUGAAUGGAUUUUCAAAAUGAAUAUCGAUAAUUUAAAUAAUGGACUAAAAUUACUCAAAAGAUGGAAUCCUAAAAAAAUGGAUGAUUUGUUUGUACUUCUUCAAAUGCCUAUGACAAAACUUGUAUAUCUUACAAAAAAAACCCAUUUAGAAUCAACAAUUGUGCCACAUGGAAAUAGAGUCUAUUAUUUUGCCUCUACUUUUGAGAAAAAUCCCCAAGAAGUAUGUUACCACUUGAUGCAUUACAAAUUUUUAUUCACACGGAACUUUACAACUCUUCACCACAUCUAUGAAAUUUUAAUUGAAAAUAAUGUUGAUAAGAAUGAUAUUUGGAAAGAUACUUGGAUAUUUAUGUACAGCAUUGAUCAAAUUAAACACAGAAUUUCUCUUACUAAAUCAGCACAUUUAACGAUUAAGCCCUGGAUGUUACGGUGUAAAACUGAAGUAUAUGAAAGGACUAUAGAGAUUAAACAAGAAAAUAGAGUUGUUCUCAAUAAAGACUCUACUGCACAAUAUUUAGCUAAAAGACUGAAAGUACCAGAAAAAACUAUUCGCUAUAUUAGUUCAAAAUAUCCUACAACAUUGAGAGUUAGUCCUACUAAAUUGAAAGAAAUAUUAGAUUUUCUUCUCAAAGAAGGAUAUAGAUCUUCACAUAUACUGAGUACUCCUCGUGUAUUUACUCACAGUAUUUCUACUCUACAGGAACGAUUAACUGAGUUGAGAGAUCUUGGUGGUGAACCUACUUUGACUGCCUUAUGUAAAAACAAAACAACUUAUCAAGAAUUAGUUAAUAAAUUAAUUUUGAAAAACACUAAAGGAUAUAUUUAAGGAAUUAUUAUACUAUCACACCUAAUAAAUAAAUAAUAAGUUAUAAUGUAUAUUUCUAUUAACAUAAUUUUUAAUACAAUUUAUCAUGUUAAACAACACAUGAUACUUUAAGAAUUAAACACUAUGUUAAGUUGAGAUAAUUGUUAUUAACACAAUUUUGAAUUAAAUAUUUUUUGUCCUAUAAAAUUCUCAACAAUUUGUUUAUUAACACGAGUAAUUAGUACAUGUUAAGCCACUUAUUAUAAUAAUGGUAUAAACUAACAUUUUAUGUUAUCAUAAAAUAUUCAAAACCUAUCUGAAAAUAUAUAAUACAUAAAAUGUAUGUUAUAAAAAAAACCUUAAAAAAUUCUGUAUAAAAAAAAUAGAAAUAAUUUAUAAUUUUUAAUUAUUAAUAUAAAAAUAAAAUUAUGGAAUAUUAUAAUUAAAUAAAAAUAAGGUACCUACUUGACAUUUUUUUUUAUCUAUUUAUAAUACCUAUAUGUAGUAUAUAUAUAUAUAUAAUCAUAAUCGUAUAAUUUAUUACUAGUGGACUGUUCAAAUUUAUAAACUAACAAAAAUGACAAACACAUGUAGAUAAUUUGUGUAUUUUGCUUAUUUCAAUAUUGCGUUACUCUUGUCUUUUCAUCUUGACAAAUUAAAUAGGUAUGUCAGCAAUAUACCAGUUUUGAAACAAUUCGCGCAUCCACCCUCCACCCAGCCUUAUUCUGUGACGUAGGCAUUUCUUCGUUUCUCAAUGGUCCAUCAAAGGCUCCACCACCACUUCACCGCUCAACCAGUUGGAUAAAUGCUUACGUCACAGACAUUCAUAUCACGAGUUGCUGACAUACCUAUUUAAUUUGUCAUAAUCUUCAUUCAUUAUAUUAUUAUAAUGUAGUUGCACAAGUUUAAAGUGUUGUGGUAAAACAGAUGGCAUAAAAUUUAAAUAUAACAUGGAAGGGGGAGAAUAAAUUCCCAGACUUAAUUUUUGAAUUUUUAAUUUAAAACAAUAUUUUACAAUACAAAAUAAAUUAUUUAAAAUGGUAAAUACAUUGUGAUAAAUAGGGCUCGGAUGUUGUUGCAUUUGCAACUUUUUUUCUAUUGUUCGGAUUCGUUGCUAAGUAGGUUAUAAAUUUGUUUCAAAUGGGUACCAAUUAAUAUAUAAAAAUUUUAAGUGCAACUUUUUGCAAUUUUUGACCUUUUUUCAAUUUUAUUGCAAUUUUGUUGAUUGUCGUCAUUUUCAAUACAAUUUUAUGUAUUUUUUUGUGUUUUCACUUUUUUUUGUUAGAUUAUACAGGUUUAAUCUAUG